AUGCCAACUCUCAGUUCAAAGCUAGAUCGUGGUGAAACAGAAGUUGCCCACACCGAUUCUUGGAUGGUAAUCAAAUGGAUGGAUAAAAAAGAAGUUUAUGUAUUGACAAGUAUUCACGAACACCAGUUUUGUAAAAUUGGUAGGAAAAACUACAAAACCAAUGAAGAUAUUAUAAAACCCAUUUGUAUCGUGGAUUAUAACAAAAAUAUGGGUAAAAUCGAUGAUAUCGACAGACAAUUAUCUUUGACAGAAUCUAUUAGAAAAUGUAUGAAAUGGUAUAGAAAAUUGUUUNUUCAUUUAAUUGAUUUGAUGUUGAUAAAUGCUCACAAUUUAUUCAAGAUGCUCACUAAAAAUGCGAUUUUGUUUUCUGAUUUUCGAUUGAGCGUCGUAAGAGAUAUUUUGCAAGUAAAUUCUCAAGAAGUUUCAUCAUUUACAUCGCCUGAUCUUAGACUGAAUGGACAACAUUUCCCCAGAAAAAUUCAAGCUUCAAAUGAUG